AUGGCGGAGGAGGUGAUCCUUCUGAGUUUCUGGCCGAGCAUAUUCGGAAUGAGGACGAUGAUUGCGUUGGAGGAGAAAGGAGUGAAGUAUGAGUAUAGAGAAGAAGAGGAUGUGAUCAAUAACAAAAGCUUCUUGCUUCUAGAGAUGAAUCCGGUUCACAAGAAGAUCCCGGUUCUCAUCCACAACGGUAAACCGGUCUGUGAAUCCAUCGUCCAGGUUCAGUACAUCGACGAGGUAUGGUCCAACAAGAACCCGUUACUCUCUUCCGAUCCUUACAAGAAAGCUCAAGCCUUGUUCUUUGCCGAUUUCAUCGAGAAGAAGUUGUGUGUAUGUGGGAGGAAGAUUUGGACAACGAAAGGAGAGGAGCUAGAAGCAGCCAAUAAGGAUUUUAUUGAAAUGCUCAAGACUCUUCAAUCUGAGCUUGGAGAUAAACCUUACUUUGGCGGCGAUCGAUUUGGGUUUGUAGACGUUGUUCUGAUUGGAUUCUACAGCUGGUUUCCAGCAUACGAGAAGUUUGGUAACUUUAGCAUGGAAACAGAGUGUUCGAAGCUGAUGGCUUGGGGAAAAAGGUGUAUGGAGAGAGAUAGUGUGGUUAAGUCUUUGCCUGAUCCUGAGAAAGUUAUUGGGUACGUUUUAAAGCUUAAGAAGUUAUAUGGGCUCGAGUAA